CCGCCGGCGGAGCUGCCGUCCUCUUCUCCACCUGUCCAUCGAGUCACUUCGAGUCACUUCCUUCCCACUUGUCAUUCGAGUGCCGCAAAUGCGGCAACAGCGGCGGCGGCGUCGCCUCUGGUGAUGCAGCCGCCGGCGGAGCUGUCGUCCUCUUCUCCACCUGUCCAUCGAGUCACUUCGAGUCACUUCCUACCACUUGUCAUUCGAGUGCCGCCAAAUGCGGCAACAGCGGCGGCGGCGUCGCCUCUGGUGAUGCAGCCGCCGGCGGAGCUGUCGUCCUCUUCUCCACCUGUCCAUCGAGUCACUUCGAGUCACUUCCUUCCCACUUGUAAUUCGAGUGCCGCAAAUGCGGCAACAGCGGCGGCGGCGUCGCCUCUGGUGAUGCAGCCGCCGGCGGAGCUGCCGUCCUCUUCUCCACCUGUCCAUCGAGUCACUUCGAGUCACUUCCUUCCCACUUGUCAUUCGAGUGCCGCAAAUGCGGCAACAGCGGCGGCGGCGUCGCCUCUGGUGAUGCAGCCGCCGGCGGAGCUGUCGUCCUCUUCUCCACCUGUCCAUCGAGUCACUUCGAGUCACUUCCUUCCCACUUGUCAUUCGAGUGCCGCAAAUGCGGCAACAGCGGCGGCGGCGUCGCCUCUGGUGAUGCAGCCGCCGGCGGAGCUGCCGUCCUCUUCUCCACCUGUCCAUCGAGUCACUUCGAGUCACUUCCUUCCCACUUGUCAUUCGAGUGCAGCCAAAUGCGGCAACAGCGGCGGCGGCGUCGCCUCUGGUGAUGCAGCCGCCGGCGGAGCUGUCGUCCUCUUCUCCACCUGUCCAUCGAGUCACUUCGACUCACUUCCUUCCCACUUGUCAUUCGAGUGCCGCAAAUGCGGCAACAGCGGCGGCGGCGUCGCCUCUGCGGCGGCGGCGUCGCCUCUGGUGAUGCAGCCGCCGGCGGAGCUGUCGUCCUCUUCUCCACCUGUCCAUCGAGUCACUUCGAGUCACUUCCUUCCCACUUGUAAUUCGAGUGCCGCAAAUGCGGCAACAGCGGCGGCGGCGUCGCCUCUGGUGAUGCAGCCGCCGGCGGAGCUGCCGUCCUCUUCUCCACCUGUCCAUCGAGUCACUUCGAGUCACUUCCUUCCCACUUGUCAUUCGAGUGCCGCAAAUGCGGCAACAGCGGCGGCGGCGUCGCCUCUGGUGAUGCAGCCGCCGGCGGAGCUGUCGUCCUCUUCUCCACCUGUCCAUCGAGUCACUUCGAGUCACUUCCUUCCCACUUGUCAUUCGAGUGCCGGAAAUGCGGCAACAGCGGCGGCGGCGUCGCCUCUGGUGAUGCAGCCGCCGGCGGAGCUGCCGUCCUCUUCUCCACCUGUCCAUCGAGUCACUUCGAGUCACUUCCUUCCCACUUGUCAUUCGAGUGCCGCAAAUGCGGCAACAGCGGCGGCGGCGUCGCCUCUGGUGAUGCAGCCGCCGGCGGAGCUGUCGUCCUCUUCUCCACCUGUCCAUCGAGUCACUUCGAGUCACUUCCUUCCCACUUGUAAUUCGAGUGCCGCAAAUGCGGCAACAGCGGCGGCGGCGUCGCCUCUGGUGAUGCAGCCGCCGGCGGAGCUGCCGUCCUCUUCUCCACCUGUCCAUCGAGUCACUUCGAGUCACUUCCUUCCCACUUGUCAUUCGAGUGCCGCAAAUGCGGCAACAGCGGCGGCGGCGUCGCCUCUGGUGAUGCAGCCGCCGGCGGAGCUGCCGUCCUCUUCUCCACCUGUCCAUCGAGUCACUUCGAGUCACUUCCUUCCCACUUGUCAUUCGAGUGCCGCAAAUGCGGCAACAGCGGCGGCGGCGUCGCCUCUGGUGAUGCAGCCGCCGGCGGAGCUGUCGUCCUCUUCUCCACCUGUCCAUCGAGUCACUUCGAGUCACUUCCUUCCCACUUGUCAUUCGAGUGCCGCAAAUGCGGCAACAGCGGCGGCGGCGUCGCCUCUGGUGAUGCAGCCGCCGGCGGAGCUGUCGUCCUCUUCUCCACCUGUCCAUCGAGUCACUUCGAGUCACUUCCUUCCCACUUGUAAUUCGAGUGCCGCAAAUGCGGCAACAGCGGCGGCGGCGUCGCCUCUGGUGAUGCAGCCGCCGGCGGAGCUGUCGUCCUCUUCUCCACCUGUCCAUCGAGUCACUUCGAGUCACUUCCUUCCCACUUGUCAUUCGAGUGCCGCAAAUGCGGCAACAGCGGCGGCGGCGUCGCCUCUG